UCAUGAGCCUAAAUGCUCAAAGGAACUCCUAAUUGACAAACUGCUUCUGAAGUACUUUUUUGGAAAAAUUAAGUGCCAAAUUAAAAUUUUCUGAAUCAUAUUACUCUCGCUUUUAAAUAAAUCAGACUCAGCUAAUUCUAAAAAUAGCUAUUAUUUCGAAACAUCGUCUUGCUAACCAGAUAAAAAUUUUGGCAUAUUUUCAAAGACAAUGCUUGAAGACGAUCACCAUUUUGUAGAUUUUUAAAUAAUAAUUUUCUUCCAAGGAUACUCAAAACUACCUAACCAACAAGUCAAUGGCUAUGAAACUCUAUGAAUACGGCUAAAUUUUAUUAUUAACUUAAUGUCUUCAAAUCAGAACAUCUUUCGCUGCGUCUUAGAGAUCUUUCCCCAACAAAGAAGGCAUUAUUAAUUUAUGAAGAAUCGAAACACACAUGUGGUACUCUAAAACACUCUUCAAAAUUCAGUAGAUGUUCAAGCAGCUGAACAGCAGGUUAAUAUCAAGAGCCUAGUCAUCCUCAACUUUUUGUGGGAUCAUUAGUUUGUCUGAGCAUUUUAGCCAUUCAGAGUAAACUUUGUUGGCUUAUACAUAAAGACGCUAAAGUAAAGAUUUAAUAAUAUUAAUUUAAAUAUGGACUUGAACAUAAACUGGAAUGCCAUUUCAAGAGAUUCCCUCCCAAUGUGAAACUUACUUAAUGUACUGAGAGAAUUUUGCAAGACCUAUUGAGUCUGCCAUUUAGGAAGAGUCUAUGAUACGAGAAACCAAAGUCUUUGAUCACAAGAAAAUCACAUUUCUCUGCCAACUCCAAAUGCUUCAGAGAUUUCACCUCACAUAAGUUUACCAGAGCAGGAUAAAAAAUACUCUGAACUUUUUCUUGGAGUAGAAGAAGGAUCACCUGAAGUAAAAACCAACCAACUUUUAACAUCUUCUGAGCAAACACAACAAUCAAGUGAAAAACUCAAAAAUGAUCCACCAACAGUCAGAGAAAUCAGAUACAGAACAAAUCGGUCUCAGACACUUGACAUUACGGAUAAACUUACAGUCUUGAGAGGUCUUCUUCUUAAAACGCGUGUAUCCUCUUUAAGACACUCGACUAAGAAGACAAGGUAUACUAAGAACAAGUACCUAGGAAGGAGGUCCAAGUACAUUGGAGUCACUAAAAACAACAUCCACUGGCAAGCGUUGAUCAACGUGGACCAUAAGAAAAAAUAUAUCGGUACUUUUAUUGAUGAAAUUGAAGCUGCCAAGACUUACGACUUGUAUGCUCUGGCAAUGCAAGGCAGAAGAGCCAAUCUUAACUUUAGCUAUAAGCCUCAAAAGAUGAUAGAAAUAAUCGACCAUUACCUUACAAAUGGACGUAUAAACCUUAAUAACUAAACGCGACUUUCAUGUAAUUGAUCAGUGAGAGGCUAAAC